AUGGCUUCCCAAAUCGGUCUAAACUACCCGGUGCUAGCACCUCUAUUACCGGUCACUGGCAGUUUUGCCGUUCCGUUCGCCGGCUACUUCUCCCUCCUCAGCCUGCGCGUCGUUCAGAGCCGACUCCAAGACAAGCACUACAUUGGCGACAACUCGUCCGCAACCGGUGACUUGGACAACGAGCUCUACGUAAACUCGCGCGCCCACACCAACUUCGUCGAGAACGUGCCAUUGGCCUUCGUACUUGCUGCCGUCGCCGAGUUGAAUGGCGGAAACCGCAAGAUUCUGACAGGUGCACUCAGCGUGCUGUUGACCUUGCGCAUCUUACACACUGAGCUCGGCAUCUUGAAGCCUCAGGCCAUGGGUCGGGGAAGACCAAUCGGUUACUUCGGCACCAUCGGCACUAUUCUGGGUCUUGCCGGGUAUGCAGCAUUCCUGGUGAAGGACUCAUGGCUUCAACUUUUCUGA